CGUUGCUCAAGCAGAAGAGAAACAAGAAACAGAUAGAUUUAAUAGAGAGUUUACAAAUAAAGAAUUAACUCUGCUCUUCUGUGUUGAAGAAACAGAAUUUCAAAAAGAAGGAUUAAAUUCUCAGAAAGUCUAUACUAUUGGACAAUUAGAACUAGAAGAAGAGUACUUAUUAACUUCAGAAGAUUAUGUAGAAACAG